AGAGGGGAAUCACGCAGGCGACGCAGCAGACAUCUUGCCUGCGUCCGUGUGUGAAGAUCGCGAUCGUCGUUUUCGAUCGCAAGAUGACAGAAACCGUUUUUCCGGCGGGGCGCAACCGACGAUCGCGUUAUCACUAGCCGCGGGUGCGUCUUCAGCCCAACGGCCAUGUUUGCAACUCGCCGGCAGCGCAGCGAUUUCACAGCUCGCAGCAUUCGCCAUCUCCGGGUGACGUCAUACAUGCAUUAAACUACGACUUUUAAACAAAAAAUAUAAUCAUGACGACUUCACACCCGAUGCCCAUCGACGCCAAGAAUGUCAACCAGAUCUGGAAGAACAACUUCAACAUUACCAACAGCAAUAAUAACAAUAACAACAACAACAACAACAUGAAUAAUGGUACCAAGAUGGCGGAGAUGAAAGAGGUGAAGACUACGUGGGCCUGUUUGAACAACAACAACAAUCAGCUCGUCAAUCACGAUUUGAAUGUGUGUUUGACCGAAGAGAAGAAUGAUUCCGAUGAUAGCAACAGCGGUAGUAACAAUUGUAAGAUUGUGGAAGUAGAAAAGUUAUCCAAUGAUGACGCGAAUGACAACAUGGACGCCAAUGACACCAAUGCUUCCCCAUCGCAUCAUGCGCGUCGCCCAAUGAACGCGUUCCUGAUUUUCUGCAAGAAACACCGACCGAUUGUGCGUAAAAUUUUCCCGACGCUUGAAAAUCGUGGUGUUACGCGUAUUCUGGGCGAAUGGUGGUCUCUGUUGGAUUUGAAGGAUAAAGAUCCUUAUACGAAAUUGGCCAAACAGUAUAAAGAUGCCUUUUUCAACGCGAAUCCUGAUUUUAAAUGGUACAAACUGCCAGCGCCCCCUCUGCGCACACUACCAACUCGUCCGACGAAAGUGGAAACCUCACCGCCUGUAAGCCCUGUAUCUAUCAGUUCAAAAGAAGCGAAUAUCGUUGUCAAUUGCACAACUAGUGCAACUCCUUCGGGUGAUUUCACGCCUGGUAAACUUGCUGAUGAGACACAGCUUGGUAUGCUAUCUUCCCUCUUCACAGCCAGUUAUUCUCCGAAAGCCAAUGAUUCUGAAAACUCUACAACCACCACGCCUAGCUCACAAUCGGAUCAUAUAGAUGUCUCUGAUCCACCGAAACCUUUCAAGAAACGUAUUGUUGACUUGGAUGUGAAGCAUCAACAAAAAUUGGUUAGGAAUUUAUUCGAGGAGACAGAAAAUCAAGAUUUUGUGAGUAUUGAUGAGCAGGAUGUGGGUAGUAAUGGAAGAAAGUCGUAUCGCAAAGGUAAGGGUAAUAGAUAUGCGGAUAUAAUGGCGAAUGGUAAGUUGAUAAAGAAUAAACGCGCCAGUACUGAUAAGCUUCCAAACGACGCGGGACAAAAUCAAAGUCAACCAGCAGGCAAUUCGAAUCAAUUAGAAUUGAAAUCGACGAUUAAAAAGCUGCAGGAUCGUUUGUUGACUAAUACAGUUGUAAAAAAUGACACAAAUGUAAGUGACAAUAACCUAGAUGGCGCUGUUGUCACUAUACAUAACCAAGAAGCUGAACUAGAUAAACGUGUAAGGACUAUUUCGGAGAUUUCUGAAAUGUCUGACAUUGCUGACUUCUCCAAAGCAGUUCCUUCGUUUGAUUUGGACGCACGGAUUAGUGAAUUGCCUAAUUUAUCAUACGAUACUUAUGUACAGCGUAAAAAAGAGAUGAAAAAGCGGAAAGUGCCCAAAGGUAACACCAAAGCACAAAAACAGAAGAAAAACCCGGCGGGGAAUCAAAAUAACGAGGUGAAAAAUCAAAAAAGGACCUAUACCGACGCAGAACUGGAUAAAAAGUCACCGGUUGUGAAUGUUAACGGUAAAGUGAGGUUAAACAACGCGGUUGAGAAGCAAACCGGGUCCAAGAAGAGAAAAAACAAGCAUAAUAUCACACAUUUGAAGAAUAACACAGCUGUGAAUGCGUUUGAGAAUGACAUGUCGGGGUUGAACACUCUGGCGGAGAUCGCGUCGAAUUUAAGCAACAACAAUAACAAUGAGAUCGGUUUCGGUGAGAAAAUCGUCUGAGAGUGAAACAAAACGGUGCCUGUUAUUUAACUUAUUCGUGUUGUGCUUUUGUUGCACUUUUUACGAGCCACACACACACACACAGCUCACCAUAGUUACCAUUUUGAAACGGAAAUUGAAUUUCUAUCAUUAAUAUUUAUAUUUACGAUAUAAACAAAGAGAGUUCUAUUGCGAGUUACACAUUAAUUACCAAUUACCAAAUUCUAUGCUAGUUAUAUAAAUGUUAUUGAUUAGUUUAUUGAUAUGUUCAUGUUUAUAAUAUGUUUACGUUCUCACUGUACUACUUAAUGUUAGGAUCAUCUCAAGAAAAGUUCGGAAAAAAAAGAAAAAGUAUUUUAUUGUUAGGUUUUAAUAUGUGAAGAUGAAAAGAUUGUAUACGCAUGGUAUAUUUAGUCAGGAUCAGGAUGCGAAGGACUCAGAACCAAGGGGAAACCGAAAGUAUUUUUUGAAAGAUCUAAGAAUUUAAGAAUUCAGCGUUUUUAAAUGUUAUGGAACUGAAUGGUGAUAAUAUGACUUAAGCGAGAUUGAGACGGAAUUGACCGACGAAUGGAAACAAAGCCUUAAACAAAAUAUUCUUUAUAAUCAUAUUAAAUAUAUCUAUAUAUUCUCUAUAUCUACAUCUAUAAGAUAUAUAUUUUUGUUAUGCUUAUUUAAUAUUUCAUAUUCUAUUGUAUCUAUUGUAUUUUAUUGUAUUAUAAUUUAUAAUUACGAUUAUUUAUGAAAUUA